AUUUGCAUGAUAAUGAGGUUGAAAAGUCAACAUAUGAGUGUUCCUUGUUGGCUGAUGGUUGGAGAGGUCGAAAAGGAAGAGCGUUAAUCAACUUCCUAGUAAACAUUCCUCGAGGGAGUAUGUUCGUUGAAUUAGUCGAUGAUUCUAGCUAUUCUCACAUCGGUAGCCAUUUAGGUCUUUUUUUUUGUUAAUACUUACUAGAGGUGAAAUAUUUAGUAACUUAUAAAAUAUCUUGUAGGCGAAAACAUGCUCAAAUUGUUUGACUGAUUAAUUCAGGAGGUUGGGCCGAAGGAUAUUAUUCAAAUUGUGACUCAUAGCGGAAGUAACAAUGUAGCUGCGGUUAAACUUGUGGAAGAAAAAUACCCACACAUAUAUUGGACUCCAUGUGCGACCCAUUGCAUUGAUUUGAUGUUUGAAGACAUCUUCAAGUUACCCGAUUUAAAGGGUUGUCUUGAAAGGGUAAAUGCGGUGAACACAUACAUAUAUUUGCACAUUGCUACUCAGCAUGAUGAGAGAGUUCAUGAUGAGAGAGUUCACGCAGUCAGAUGAACAGGCCUUCUCAUUAGCGACCCACUUGCUAUUGCCUUUUCUGGGCUUGAGAGAGAACCAUGUAGGCCAGCUAUCGCAGAACUGAGUAAACCACAGCUGGGCAUUCCACUCCAUACCAGUAACAAUUUCAAACAUGGACCAUAACUGGAUUUUAUGCUUGAGUAACGACAACAUAAGCGACCUGAUAAGCAGCAUAAGAACCAGCCAGGAAACAACAUGAACCCUUAUAACUUCGACACACGAAGUCCAUUAAUUCCAAACCCGAACGCCUAACUCGGAAGUUCAUCUGACUGCGGUUUACUGGUUUAUGUGUACCCCUAGCUGGUCUGAUCUGUUGAAGGCCCAUUGCUGGAUUGUUCGUGUAAAGGCCAGUCCCCAUUGCCUUUUGAUGGGCCUGCUUUUGUAAAGGCCAGUCCCCAUGUUUUUCUGCCCUGCUCUCAUCAUGUUGAGUAGCAAUGUGCGGUUAUAUAUGUAUGUGUUCACUGCAAUUGCUCUUUCAAAACAACCCUUUAAAUCGGAUAACUUGAAAAUGUCUUCAAGCAUCAAAUCAAUGCAAUGGGCCGCACAUCGAGUCCAAUAUAUGUCUGGGUAUUUUUCUUCCACAAGUUUACCCGCAACUACAUUGUUACUUGCGCUAUCAGUCACAAUUUGAAUAAUAUCAUUCGGCCCUACCUCCUGAAUUAAUCGGUCAAACAAUUUGAACAUGUUCUCACCUACAAGAUAUUUUAUAAGUUACUAAAUAUUUCACCUCUAGUAAGUAUUAACAAAAAAAAAGACUUAAAUGGUUACAUGUGUGAGCAUAGCUAGAAGCAUCGACUGAUUCAACGAACAUACUCCCUCGAGGAGUGUUUACUAGGAAGUUGAUUAAUGCCCUUCCUUUCCGAUCUCUCCAACCAUCAGCCAUCAAGGAACACCCAUAUGUUGACUUUUCAACCUCAUUAUCAUGCAAAUUUUUUUUGGUGUGUUCCAUCUCUAACUUCAGCAUAAGAACACGUACCUCAUGAUAGGUAGGGGUUCUCAUUCCGCACCCAUAUCUACCAAUCGCUUCAAUUGCGAGCCCCAAACUAUCGUAGAUCACCGCAUUGAAAGAAAGCCCCGCAUCGUACAUCCAACGAGAAAACAUUUGAACCGCAUCAAGUCUUAGUUUCUUUUGUGUUUCAUUGUGCUGUACGCUUCGUACCAAGUUUCCCCCUUUUCAUCCCCGAUGUAAGCGAUGGCUUGAACAUUGCAUACAUAUGGCCUUUUGCUUUUUUAUUAGAAUCAGUAGUACCGAUUGAUGAAGCAACUCUCUUUCUCUUUGAUUGAAAGUUGACCCGCUUGUUCAUCUUCAUCAUUUUCUUCUAAAUCGACGACAUCAUCAUUUUCUUCCUACCAAGUUUCCCCGUUUUCUUCCCCGAUGUAAGCGAUAGCUUGAACAUUGCAUACAUUGGGCCUUUUGCUUUUUUAUUAGAAUUAGUAGUACUGAUUGAUGAAGCAACUCUCCUUCCCUUUGAUUGAGGUUGACCCACUUGUUCAUCUUCAUCAUUUCUUCUAAAUCGACCACUUCAUCAUUUUCUUCCUACCAAGUUUCCCCCUUUUUUCCCCGAUGUAAGCGAUGGCUUGAACAUUGCAUACAUAGGGCCUUUUGUUUUUUUAUUAGAAUUAGUAGUACCGACUUCAUCAUUUUCUUCCUACCAACUCUCUUUCCCUUAGAUUGAGGUUGACCCGCUUGUUCAUCUUCAUCAUUUUCUUCUAAGUCGACCACUUCAUCAAAAUGUGGUAUGAUGUUUGACGUCUCUUUUACACGUUUUUUCUUCUCAACAAGUUUUUUGAAUAGAUUUUUCACGUCAACGGGAACUUUGGGACAUCUUGCCUCAUCCGGGGAAUCCCAAGCAAGGUGAUGUUUAUGCCUUGUAAUCCCGCCACUUGAAACAAAAGAACAAAAAUUGCACUUUACCGAGCUAUUGGUUCCUUCUACCAGCGUCCCGUAAGUUCAAUCAGGAUCGUUAGUCUUUUCACUGCCCAUUCUGUUAACAGUUGAUACUUGAGGGCAGAUUCGAUAUUUAUAAUAUUACUGAUCAUUUAAAUCAUAAGCAGAUUCGAUAUUUAUAAUAUUACUGAUCAUUUAAAUCAUAAAGAAAGAUUCGGUAUUUGUAGUUAUACUAUUACUAUCACAAUAAAUAAGCAUCAACUCUGAAGUAAUAAAUAACAAUAAAUAUUGUGGUUUUUGAAACUCAUGCAUGAUAUUUAUACUAUUAGUCUAUUACUGAUCAUUAAUAAAUCAUAAAGAUAGAAGAUCGCUGGAGGCCGGGCAAGAGGUCGACGAGUUAAUUGGUCUAUGUAGCCUGCUUUUCAACCUGGAGGAUAUAGACAAGUGGGUUUGGACAGGAUCGGUGGAUAAUCAGUUUAGCGUGGGAUCGGUCAAGGAGUUAUUGUUAAAAAAUCUUGGAUCAUAGGGGAAUUAUUAUCCGAGUAGGUGUAGAUGGCUCCCUCGGAAGUGCAACGUCUUCAUAUGGAGACUCGGUAUGGACAAACUGGCUACAAUGGAUGCUCUCAAGAAAAGGAAUAUAGACAGGGGAGUCAAGUUUGUGUGCUUUGCGGCAAUGAGGACGAGACUGUGGAACACCUUUUCACUUCGUGUAGUAUAGCGUCGACAAUAUGGUCUAUUGUGAGCUCGUGGUGCAAGAUUCCUUCUAUCUUGGCGUUUUCGGUGAGGGAUUUACUCGAAUCGCACGAGAAUGUCGGUCUCAAAGGGAAGAAAAAAGAAGUUAUUCAAGGUAUUAUUAGAGUUGGGUGUUGGAGUAUAUGGAAGGCCAGGAACGAGUCUAGAUUCAACAACAAACCUGUGAAAUUGGAGGGGAUUAUUCGGGAGAUCAAAACGGUGGGCUUUUUAUGGCUUAAUUCUAGAUCAAAGGAUAGUGUAGUUAAAUGGGAAGAGUGGUGUAAUUUUGUUAAUAUGUAAGCUUGUUCUGUUUGUUUGGUUGUUUGCCGCCCCUUCUUGGGGUUUUGGCGUUUGGUGUUAAUGAAAUUCAUCUUUCAAAAAAAAAAAAAAGAUCGCUGGAAGAAAGAUGAAGGAAUCAACAUUCAAUAGAAGAUCAGAACACAAACUGGUACCUGAAACUGAGUUGGGAACUUGGGAGAAAAAGUUCGCAGGAACAGUGGUCGGCAGAUGAAGAGACGAUGAAGAAGUGGGAAGAGUGUGUGUUACGUGAAUAAAAAAACCUAAUAUGUCCUAUAUAUAAGGAAACAAUUAAAAAAACAAAACUCACUAUUUUCACGCUAUUCAGUGCUAUACACCAUAUAGCGAAGAACUGUCGCCUCGCCACGUUAUUCGCGAUAGUGGUCGCUAUGGCCGCUAUCGAUAACUAUGGAUGAGCUCAAGCACAUUAGACAAGCUAUUGGGUUCCUGGUUAUUCCUAGGAAGCCAAAGACUAUAUGAAAUAAGUCAUGAUUUGUGCCCAGUUCUUAGCAUACGGCAGCUCUACAGAAUCAGUACUAUGUAUUGGGAUGACAAAUGCGCCACAUGUAGUAGUAUUUCUUCAAAGGUAAUUCUCGACAUGCAGAAUCUGAUGAGCAAAGAUACAAUCAAUGGUUUUACAGGCCCAUUCUUGUUGGAUGAUGAUUUAAGCGUACCAUUCUCUGCUGAUGACCUCUCAAAAUCAAUGGAUCAAAUCAAUAUAGCAGAUAUUGAGGACGCCGCGUGUUGAAUCAUGAUAAUUCGGGGUUUAGUGUCUUGCUGCUCUGGAUAUUGACCUUUGAUGGUAGGUUUGAUUCUACCCGCAUGUGAAGUGAUUUAGUCUGUUUUUUCCACAGAUUUUGAUUUCUGAAAUUAUAGUUUAUCUGCUAAAAAAGUCAACGUUUGACUUCUUUUGA